AUGGAGGAGGAGGAGGAGGAGGGCGGCGCGUACGAUGAGGACCUGAGGAAGUGGUAUGAGGAACAUGGUAUCGAUCCGAACGAUGCUGAUCAGCAGGAAGAGCUAGAGCACGAGGAGAGCGAAAUCAGCAGCUUUGGGAAAGUCGAGGAUGCAGACUGGGACUUGGCCAGAGGAGACUUUACCAAAGCGUACAACCGGUCAAGGCAGCUCGCUCGCGUAGGCCAACAGAUGAGCGGAGGUGCGGUCAAUCAAUCAAAGGCGGACGGAAGCACGCAGGGCAAUGCUCAGUCGCGAUCCACCACAGCAGUGCCAUUGCCCGCGAUGAACCGAGCGGGUGGCGCGACUUCGAAGGCCCCUCCUCCCAAAGCGCAUACAGGCAGAUCUGCGGCCGACGUCGCACGUAGUAGUGCCCCUUCAGACGCAGCCUCGAGCGUGGAAAGCUGCGAGCCUCCGCGCAUUGUUACGCUGCAAACCUUGGGCCUAGGCGCAUCCGCACUCCAACCAAGCGCUUCGACUCUCUCUUCCCUCUCCUCUCGUCUGCAGAUCUUGCAAGCCUACGAUCCGUCUUCGAGCGCAGGGGGCGCUCUAUCUACCAACGUUCCCCGUAAAGGGGCGCUGGGCGUUGGUGGGAUCAGAAAGGUCAGGGACAAGUCGGAUAGAGCGACGAAGCAGCAAGUGCUGGAUCCUAGAACGCUCACCAUCCUCUUCAAGAUGCUCAACAAGGGCACGCUAGAGCGGAUCGACGGGGUGGUCAGCACGGGCAAAGAGGCGAAUGUGUACCAUGCGACGACGCCCGCUCCUGCCAGAGGAGAUGAGGUCGAUGACCAGACUAAACACGCUAGCGUCAUGCACCAUCCAUCAAACGGCCACCUGGCAGGAGGAGGCAAUGUAGCUCUGAAGAUUUUCAAAACCUCCAUCUUGGUCUUCAAAGAUCGCGACCGCUACGUCUCGGGGGAGUUCCGCUUUCGACAUGGUUACGCUCGCCACAAUCCUCGCAAGAUGGUCAAGAUGUGGGCAGAGAAGGAGGCGCGGAAUCUAAAGAGGCUGGUCAGUGCGGGUAUACGUUGUCCUAGACCUAUCGAGCUGAGAGACCACGUGCUGGUCAUGCAGUUCCUGGGAGGCAAAGACGGCUGGGCGAGCCCAAGAUUGAAGGAUGCGGAGGAAUUGGUGGAUCAGCAGGAAAGUGGGACCUGGGAGCGACUUUACAGGGAAUGCGUGACUGCCAUGAGGGUCAUGUACCACGCGUGUCAUCUCGUACACGCAGAUCUCAGCGAGUACAAUGUUCUAUACCACGAUUCGCAUUUAUACAUCAUCGACGUGGGUCAAAGUGUCGAGCACGACCACCCCUCCGCCUUUGACUUCCUCCGAGCAGACAUUUCGCACGUUGAUGAUUACUUCAAGAAGCGCGGUGGGGUCAAGACUUUGGGUCUGCGGAGGACAUUCGAUUGGAUCAUUAGAAAUCCAGCAGGCAGGCGAAGUGGCGGUAGAGCAGGAUUGGAAAAGGAGGGAGACGACUAUGAUAAUUUUGUUCGGGCAGAAGAUGUGGGCAACAGAUUUUUUGAGGUCUGUCAAGAGGACCAAAAGGAUCCAAGGGGUGACAAAAUUUUGGUUUUUGAUCGUCAAGGUGAUCAGCUGGCUACGACUGCCGUGCCAAUCCGCGGACCUUUUGCUACCAUCGAAGUCUACGAUCGUCUCCCUGGAGAAAGCGAUGAGCAGCUACUGCGCGAGCUCGAAGGCAUCAUGGAUAAAGAGGCCGAGCUCGACGAUCUUGCAGACUCGGCACUAGAGUUGAGCGUCGGCGGUGCCAGCACAAGUGCCCGAGCGCACCCAAGACAUGAUGAGAAAGAAUCGGACGAGGCGGUUUUCAAAUCCUCUUAUAUCCCUCGAACGCUAGAUGAAGUCUAUGAUCCAGAGAGGGACACGGACAUUGUCAAGGCAGGGGGUGGUCAAGAUCUCAUCUACGCCAACGUGACGGGUCUACCAGCUUCGAAAGAUCGGGACUACAUCCAGCCGAAUUUGCAAGCGAGUUCCAACGAAUCUGAGGACGAAGGAUCCGAGGACGAGUCUUCUUCGGACGACGAAGGACACGCGCAUGCGCCGAGAGGACAUAGGCACGAGGAUAGGGAUGCGAAGAAGGAGAGGAAGAAUGCGGUCAAGGAAGCUCAGAGAGAGAAGAGGAAGAGCAAGAUGCCUAAAAAGGUCAAGGAGGCUCAUUUGAGAAAGAAGAGUGGCAAGCGGAAGUGA